UUAUAUACAUUUUUGUUACUUUUGUAACAGGAGGACUCAUAACAUGUCUAAGAUUUUUAUCUUAUUCGCGUUGCUACCGCAACUACUUUGUACCAUGGUGCAUGGCACAAUGUUGUGCUCGAAAUACUUCACAUACACAAUACAUCCUGAAACACUCAAGAUAGUGGGAAGAAUCGAAAUCCCAUCUCCACCAGACAAUGACGAAAUGUUAUAUUUAAAAGUUGCCUUAAACACUACAACUUAUUCUCUGCAAGGGUUAUUUCGAUUAGAAUUAGCACGACCGAUAAAAGAGACCAUUCGAGCUAUUCAACAAGGUAGACCUUUGUUGUAUCAUAUUAAUUUUCCUUUGGCUGAAAAAUUUCCGACAUUAUCCGCGAUAUGGUUUAAUAAUCAAGAAUAUUGCUUCGGCGCCGGAGCGUCAAGUGAAAAUAUCGUAUCCAAUAUCGAAUUGGGGCAUUAUGUGUACCCUCCGGACAAAGAACCACUGCCGCAGGAUUUUCAGCCGUGGCAUCGAAAUUCGAGUGGCUACCGCAUAGACAAUCCGUAUUACAAUAGGAACACCAAAUGCGGUGUUACCAGUUACUACACCGAUAGCACAAAUAGACUGAUCCCCAACGGUGAGACCUCAUUACCAGGCCAGUGGCCGUGGGUAGUUGCAAUCUACGUUACUAGAAAUAUACAGUUUGAGAUAAAAUACCGGUUUCAAUGUGGUGGUUCUCUAUUAACAGACAGACAUGUAUUAACAGCGGGGCACUGCAUGAAAGAAAACUUGUUUGACAACACUACACUACACUCCAGUAUGUUAGAAGUGAGAAUGGGGCGAUUUAACUUGUACGAAUUGCGCGGAAAUGGAUCUGCCAAUCGGAAAGUCGCAAGCUACGUGGUUCAUCCUGAUUAUGCGCACUAUUUACAAGCUACUUCCGAUCUCGCGGUUUUGACCCUCAAGAAUGUCGUCGAGUUCAAUCCUCUUAUCAAGCCUAUUUGUCUAUGGUCCGGUUUAACUCAACUUGAAGACGUCAUUAGUAGGACGGGAUACGUUGUAGGAUGGGGUGAAGAUGCAUUGAAUCAUCGUGAUGUCAACGAGCAACGGAUGGUGAGGGCGACGAUAGUGAGUCACGAGACCUGUCUCUGGACUGAUGCUAGAUUCUUUAGUUUCGUGUCGGAUAACACCUUUUGCGCUGGUAACUUAGACAUAUUUAGUCCUUGUAACGGUGACAGUGGAAACGGGCUGAUACUUUUGAAUAAUAUCACGGGCAGUUAUGAGUUGCGUGGCGUUGUUUCGCGAACUGUAGUAGGUGAAACUACGUAUUGCGAUCCACAAAAAUACGUCGUUUAUGUUGAUGUGGCCAAAUACAUACCCUGGAUUCAACGAUAUAUUUCAACGUAACGUUCGACUUCCGUCGCAAUACAUGCUAAUCGAUAAGUUUUAUUAUGUAAUGCUUAGUCGACGACGCAGUACUUAUGUACAGUUACACGUGAGGAUUAAACAAUCAUGAAUUGUGUUUUUGGU